GGAAGUGACGUGUUAGUUCCGCGCCCCGAGGUGUAGGGGGUUCUAUGCGCGCUCUCAUGGGGAAGAAGACACGGGCGGUGUCGGGCCGGAGACCUAUCCUUCAGCUCUCCCCGCCGGGACCCCGCGCUGCUACCCGGGAGGAGGUCGGCUCUGGUUCGGAAGAUGAUACAGAUUCCCAGAAGGUCAUAGCUCCUCCCACCACAGGAAUGAUCUCAGAAGUCCCUAUUGCAUUGGUGAAGCCUACAGGUGGUCUUUGUCUACUUGGGGCAUACACAGACAGCGAUGAUGAAGAUGGAGACUCGUCGGAGAAACCUACCCCUGCUACAAAAGCAAAUGCUUCUACUGACAUUGACAGUACUCUGGCCAACUUCCUUGCGGAAAUCGAUGCCAUCACAGCUCCUGCGUUGUCUGAAGGGGAUGAUACGGCUAAUUCUACAGCUCCUCCACCAACUCCUCCAAAGCCAGAUCCAAAAGAUUCUCACAGCUUAACCUCUGGUGCUCAUAAUGGAGCAGAACCAAAUGCCACAGGGGAAUUGUGGCAUUACGACACUCAUUGUUCUCUGGCUGGAGUUGACGUGGACAUGGGAGACUGGCAGGAAGUGUGGGAUGAGAACACCGGCUGUUAUUACUAUUGGAAUAUUCAGACCAAUGAAGUGACCUGGGAGCUGCCUCAAAGUCUGGCUUCCCAAGUACAGGGAGCCCAAGGAUAUACAAACAGCAGUGAGUCUUCAGACUUUUCCAGUGUGGUUACAUCUGAGUCUGUUCCUGAGGUAAAAGAAGAUACUUUGGGUUUGGCUGCCAGCAGUGUGCCAGUGCUUUCCAAAAAAGAACCAAAGAAGGAGUUGAAUGAUGGAAUCCAAGCUCUGUCUAACAAAGAAGAGGAAAAAGUUGGUGUGGCAGCAUCUCUGCUCGCCCCACUGUUGCCAGAUGCUGUGAAAGAGGAGGAGGAUCGCUGGAGGCGACGGGUCAUAUGUAAAGAGGAUGUGGUUGAGCCUACCUGUGAGGAUGAUGAAGACGACGACAUGGCUGCUGUCUGCACUGAUAGCGAGCUGGCUGCUGAUGAAUAUGCCCAGGAAGAUGUCUGCAGCACUGUGCAGUCUGGCGAGAGCGGGGAAGAAGCAGAGGAGCCGGAGGAUACUUUGGAACUGGAGAGGGUGCUGGAGAGAAGGAAGGCUGAGCUUCGAGCACUGGAAGAAGGUGAUGUCAGUCUUUCUGGGUUCAGCCCACGCUCUGAUAUCAGCCAAUCAGAUGAAGCUCAGAAGGCGAAGCCUGUCAGCAAGUGGAAAGUGUUUGUUCCAUCAGCCAGCCCUGAAUCAACCAGCCACAGCUCCUCCAAGACUGGCCGGGAAACACCAGAGACCGAAAUGGGGGCAGAAGCUGCCGAGUGUCCGGCUUCUACAGUAGAGGCAGAAAGUGACCCUGCGCCAGUGAAAACGGCUCCAAAGCAAGAAGAUGAGGAAGAAGACGAUCUGAAGUUCCAGAUUGGCGAGCUGGCUAAUAGUCUCAUCAGUAAACUGGAGUUUUUGGGCAUAAACAGGCAAUCUGUGUCCAACUUCCAUGUGCUGCUGUUUCAGACUGAGACUCGAAUCUCAGAUUGGAGGGAAGGAGCGCUCAGCGGAAUCUAUCUGAAACGUAAAUUGCAAGACGCAUCUGAACAAAUAAAACAGUAUGAAAUUAACGCCACCCCUAAAGGCUGGGCCUGCCACUGGGACAGGAAUCAUAGGCGAUAUUUCUAUGUUAACGACAUCUCAGCAGAGUCUCAGUGGGAGUUUCCUGAUGUGGAUGAGGAAGAGGAGGGGUCCGCACCUCAAAAUAAAAUGCAAGCAGCCUCUAAAUUGGCUGAAAAGGACAAGGUUGAAGGUGCAGUGGCUCUUCCUCCUGAGCCACCAACAAGUAUCCCAGAUUCCAUCCCGGCUAAAACCUUACCCAGUGCACCAGUUGCUCAGAACUGGAACUACAUUCACCAGCCCCCACUGCCCUUAGAAGUUCCUCUUCCCCCACCCCCUCCUCCUCCUCCUCCCCCUCCUCCUCCUGAAUCCCCACCCCCUCCCCCUCCUGACUCCCCUCCCCCACCACCACCUCCCAUGGAGGAAGAAGAAGAAAUACAGGAGGUUGAAAUGGAAGAUGAUGACAAUGUUGAGCCACCAGUCCCAGGAAUGGAGAACAUAAUCAUGACUUCUGCCAACACUGAGAUUCCUGCCUCUAAGGUGAAAAAUGAACAGGCUGCAUCUGCAAAGGCUUCAAAGAGGAAAGCUACAGAUAUGUUUGCGGAACAAACAGUGACAAUAGGAAGUUGUCCUGUGCUCUACACUCAGCCGGCUAUCCCUGCAGGUCCUGCCAUAACUGCCAUGAAUGUCGCAUCCAGUUAUAUGGGGCUUCCACUCCAAGUCCCUGCACCUAUGGUGAUGACUAGUUUGGAAUAUACUAUUCCAAGUAAUACUAUGGUGCCACCUCUACCACUUGUGAUGUCACAUGCAAACAUACCAACUCCUCCAGUGCCAGAGCAACAGGCCCCGCCCCCACCGCCACCUCCAAGCAAACCACAAGCAACAGAGAAGCCCAAAAAGACAAAAAAAAUGAAGGUUAAGAAGAGUAAAGUAAAGAUGCCCUCUCUAGUCCAGAAGUGGCAGAACAUACAGAAGGAGCUGGACGAAGAGGAGAAUUCCAGCUCCAGCGAGGAGGAUCGAGGUGUGGUUAACCAAAAACGUAUUGAAGAGUGGAAGAUAAAUCAGAUGAGCAGUGGCAUGGCAGAAAAGAAUGCCAAUUUUGAAGCCCUUCCUGCAGACUGGCGAGAGAGAUUGAAGAGGCGGAAAAUGGAAAAAAGCACGUGACCACUUUUUGUACACUUGUAUACUUUUUCUUCACAACCGUUACUGUAAAAAAA